UGUUAUAAAUAUUUUGAAAUGGGAUGUUUUUAGUCUAGAAAUGAGAAAUUGAUUGAAGAAUAAAAAGAACAAGCAGCGAUGAAUGAGUAGGAUAAAAGUACUUAAAUUUCCUUUAUUAUUAGAUAAUAAUUUAGAUUUAGUGAGUUGUUCAUGUUCAGAGAGCGUCAUUAGUUAAAACAAAUCUACUAAGAAGGUUUCAAUAGAAGAAUGUCGUAAUUCUUUUAAUAAAAGUAUUGAUUUGAUGGAAGAGGUGAAUAAGAAAUUGGAAGCAUUUUCAGGGAAUGGUUCGGAUUUAUCAGAUAGUGAAUUAAAUUGAUAAUGC